ACGCAGCAAAAGUACAGGCAUGAAGGUACUCCUCCGCCAGGAAUAAGUAUAAUGACGGCCGACUCACCAGGGCAUGCUCCCGAUAGCUGGACCAGACGAACGCCGCCUCCACGCCAUGACACUUCCGACUUUGUCCGAUUGCCUCUUUGCCAACUGUUCAGGCCAGUUGUACGCAGGAACGGAGAGUACUUUAGAAGGGUGUUUCUGUGAGUGAAAUUAUUACGAUGAAAAGACGUGAAUACUCAAAUAACAAAAGCUGCAAUUCACAAAACUCAUAGACCGGUAUUUGUAUUUCAUUUUUCAAAAUAAACGUCAUUCAUAGUGUCGACGAUCGUUGAGCUGACGGAAUAUCCAGACGGACCACACUGACCGCAGAGGAACCUUCUACAGAGCUGCGCAGAGGACGAAUUUAUAACGAUGGAUAUGAACAGGAAACAUUAGGAUGUAUAUUAAAGCGCAUGCUAGGAAGAGGUUGCUAAUUUCUGUUCAUUUACCCUACUGAUUUCCCUUCUUUUAAUUAGACAGCAACCGUAAUCCUGUGUGUGUUGGCGGCGGCGUGGGCAGCUCCCCAGGGCGGCUACAACUACCAGGCGCCCGUCGUGCAGCAGCCCGAGUACCCGCAAUGUGUACUCCCAGCCUGCCCCAGCCCAGGUGUACUCCCAGCCUGCCCCAGCCCAGGUGUACUCCCAGCCUGCCCCUGCCCCUACCCAGGUGUAUUCACAGCCUACCAUUGCUCCCCAGCCGACGUACCAACAGCCGACCCCUACACCUUCUCAACUCUAUUCUCAACCGGGAAAAUAAGCCCAUCAGAUAAAAACCCUUUAUAGGAUCCAUUUCAUUCAAAACUUCCGCAUAGGUCUACCCACCCUGUCACGCAUAGAUUCUCAUGUGUUCAUUCAGACCAAACUCUCACUCAAACAGAGUC